CCUGUGCUCUACAUGCUCAUCUUCAUCCUGGGCCUCACUGGAAACGGUGUGGUCAUCUUCACCGUAUGGCGGGCCCAGUCCAAACGGAGAGCUGCGGACAUCUACAUUGGAAACCUGGCUUUUGCUGACCUGACCUUUGUGGUGACCCUGCCUCUGUGGGCCGUCUACACCGCCCUGGGAUACCACUGGCCCUUUGGCGUGGCCCUCUGCAAGAUCAGCAGCUAUGUGGUGUUGCUCAACAUGUAUGCCAGUGUCUUCUGCCUCACCUGCCUGAGCCUGGACCGCUAC